CACUCCAGCACGCAGGCCCUCCCUCCGCGGCACUGCUGCUUCCAACAACAAGCAGAAGCCAGCAACAUGGCCGACCUAGGAAAGAAGUACUGCGUAAACUGCCUUGCAGACGUUACGAAUCUGCGGCUUCGCUGUACUGACUGUCCAGAUAUCGAACUUUGUCCGGAGUGCUUCUCCGCGGGUGCAGAAAUCGGUAAUCACCGGCGAUGGCACGGUUAUCAGCAAGUCGACGGCGGGCGCUUCACCCUCUGGGGUCCCGAAGCGGAGGGAGGAUGGACUAGCAGGGAAGAGCAGUCGCUCCUCGACGCGAUCGAGCAAUAUGGCUUUGGAAACUGGGAGGACAUGGCCACUCAUGUAGGGGCGUCUCGGACCCCCCAGGAUGUCAUGGACCACUAUGUCGGCAUGUACAUCCAUGGCAACCUGGGAAAGGCCUGCGUCCCCGACAGCAUCCCCAACCGGGUGACGGAUCACACCUGCCCCAGCGGCGGCCCCCUGUCCCCCAGCCUCACCACCCCCCUGCCUCCCCUGGACGUGACCCUGGGCGAGCAGCAACAGCUGGGCUACAUGCCGCUCCGCGACGACUAUGAGAUGGAGUACGACCAGGAGGCGGAGAAGCUCAUCAGUGGCCUGUCGGUCAACUACGACGAUGAAGACGUGGAGAUCGAGAUGAAGCGCGCGCACGUGGACAUGUACGUGCGCAAGCUUCGUGAGCGCCAGCGCCGCAAAAAUGUGGCCCGCGACUACAACCUGGUGCCCGUCUUCCUAGGCCGCGACAAGAAGGAGAAGCAAAGCACGCUGGGAGUUGUAGGUGGUGGUGGUGGCGUCGCCGUCGGAGCGGUGGGGAGCCUUCCGACGCCAACCACUCCCGCGGUGACGCCGGGAGCUCCAGCCGUUCCGACAGUGCCGAAGCGUAAGAUCCCCAAGGAGGAGAAGGAGCAGCGGAUCAAGUUACGGGGGAUGUGCCAGUUCAUGGCUCAGCGGGAGUUUGAGGACUUGUUCCACAACAUGCACAAGGAGCGCGUGCUGCGCGCCAAAGUACGGGAGCUGCAGCGCUACCGCCGCAACGGCAUCGCGCGACUGGACGAGGCGGCCGAGUACGAGGCGGCGAGGCACAAACGGGAGAAACGCAAGGAGAACAAGAGCGUAGCUACCUCGAAAACGGGCCGGGGCGGAGGGCUCGGCACAGGAGGAGGGCUUGGCGGAGGGACAGGAGGUGGCGGAGUCAUCAAAGAGGAGGGCAAGGAUGGAGAGUUCCCGGCCAUAGAGAACCUGGCGGGCUUCGAGCUGCUGUCAGACCGGGAGAAGGUGCUGUGCAAUUCACUUAACCUCAGCCCCACGCGCUACCUGACAGUCAAGACAAUCAUCAUCAAGGACCACCUGCAGAAGAGCCAGGGCAUUCCCUCCAAGAGCCGGCUGCCCAGCUACCUAGACAAGGUGCUCAAGAAACGCAUCCUCAGCUUCCUCACAGAGAGCGGCUGGAUAUCCCGGGAUGCAUCCUAACAAUCCAUUGGGUUUGUAGGGACUGGGACACGUCCUAACAAUCCAUUGGGUUUGUAGGGACUGGGACACGUCCUAACAAUCCAUUGGGUUUGUAGGGACUGGGACACGUCCUAACAAUCCAUUGGGUUUGUAGGGACUGGGACACGUCCUAACAAUCCAUUGGGUUUGUAGGGACUGGGACACGUCCUAACAAUCCAUUGGGUUUGUAGGGACUGGGACACGUCCUAACAAUCCAUUGGGUUUGUAGGGACUGGGACACGUCCUAACAAUCCAUUGGGUUUGUAGGGACUGGGACACGUCCUAACAAUCCAUUGGGUUUGUAGGGACUGGGACACGUCCUAACAAUCCAUUGGGUUUGUAGGGACUGGGACACGUUCUAACAAUCCAUUGGGUUUGUAGGGUCUGGGACACGUCCUAACAAUGUGUAUGGAGUUUGUGGGGACUGGGACAGGUCCUAACAAUGUGUAUGGAGUUUGUGGGGACUAAGGAUUGCAGAGGGACAAUGACUCUUGUUCUCUGUUGGAUUGUUGCGUCUCUGUGUCUUGUUAUAAACAAUGUGAGAUGUGUCGUGAGCUCCAGAUUGGACCAAGCUGAAUUUUACCACCUUUUGUCAAGUUCUGACCCAAGUCGUCGACCACCGGACUGUUUGUGAAUAUGUACAUUGCAAAAGAUUUCCUCUUUCUUCAAAAAAAGUUUGGAUACCAUUUACUGGAGAACGUGGAACAAAUAUAUAUUUUUGUAUUUGCAUCCAUAUGAAUGAUAAUGUAUGGGUAGAUGAUACAUUCUCUUUAUUGCAGUGAAGGAUCACCUAAUACUACUGGGUAAACCAGACAACACUGUUUUUCAAAGCGGUUCUCAAAAGUAUAAAUAGUUGUGUAGUUUGUCUCCAGCUUCCUGUUAGUAUGGUCCCAGAUCAGUUGGUGCCAUCUUGCCAACUCCUAUGGUCAUUGGCAAGACGAUACAAACAGUUCUGGGACCAGGCUAGCUUCCUUUUAGGUUAGGAUGUUGUCUUGGAGAGCACAGGUUAGUGCCUAUUCAAACAGCAAUACAGCCGCACUGUGUUGGAAAGCAGGGGUUAUCAUCAUCAUCAUUCUUACCAUGAAAAGAUGGCCUGCUAAGCAUAGAGGGGUCAGUAUUUGGCAGCUAACGCUUUCAUAAAGCACUGCGGUAAUCCCCAUUAUGACGCUGUAGCUUUGUGGUGUUGUCAGGCUCAGAAUGUGGCACUGUGAGGGGAGUAGAUAAGCCUCCAUACUGUUCUGUUCCACACGUUGCACGUUUUCUGAUUCUAGUAGGCGAUUCACUCUACUCGACUUCUAAAGAAAAUAAAAAGCUUUAAAAAUCGCCAUUAACCAAUGACAUGCGAUCCUAAAGCACAAAUCAAAAACGUUGCAUAUCUAUUUUUCUCACCCCCGGUUAAGUUUGCCUGCCCCUUGUUUGGAGGGGCGUUGUGGGGUUAACGGUGUGUCGUCCUGCCAGGCUGGUUUUAGCCUCUUCAUGAAUACGCGCUGCAUGAUUAUUGUAUUGUGACUCGUUGCUCGCUGUUUAGUUUGCUACUGUUCCAUCUAUUCAAAGGGAGUUAAGUCAUCGUUUAAAACAACAAAAAAGAAGUGAUAUACCUGCUACAUUUGCUCCAUCUAUCUUCCUGGUUCAUUGUUUUACAGUCACAUUGUUCAAUUAAGGCUAGUGGAGUGGUUCUCAAAGUAGGGGUUGUGAAACCGAAUGGGGAAAAUAGCUUUUGUUGUUGAUGUUUGGAACCACUGGGUUAGUGUUCACAUAUGGCCUUGCAAGAAAACUAUCAAAGGGCAGAAAUAUUCUGGUUGAAGAGAAAAAAGGACGACUGCCACAGUUGGACCUGGUUUUCCAUUAUGUGAAAUGUGUUUGUUCCAAGCACGGGUGCUUUAAAAUGUCCCGUGGCACCUUCUCCCUACGAUGUCCAGUUAGCCUGUUUUAAAACGGAGGUGAACUUCAGUAGAGAUGGGGAUUGGUUGUAUAGAAACAGUAUUACAUUAGACACUGUGAAAUAAUGUUGUGUGUGACUGCAUUCGUAUAGGCCUUAAUAUUAGUAUUCCAUCAUAGUACAUUUACCAUACCACAGAGGAAAUAUUUUUCUUCCCCAUAAGCCUCUGAGUAUCCGGACACUGACAAGGCCCCUUGGUUCUCCCAUCAUCUACUUGAAGAUUUUUUAUUUUUGUCCCAACAACUGGCGUAGUUCACAAUCAAAGACGACAUAUCUCCUUAUCUGGUUUAAGGCUAAAACAACUGUUCAAGGGUGUUAGUAUGUUCUGUAUUAAAAAUGAAAAUCCUUUAUAC